UUCAGAUCCCCCUCUUCUCUAUAAAUUCUCCUUUGCCCUUCCAUUACUUCUAUCUAUAAGUCUUUCCCUUGUGUCUUUGUAGGAAGGUAUGGGGAUUCACAAUAAAGUUUUCUCAACUUGUGUCUUCCUGGUUUGGUUCUGCUUUUGCCUCCCAGGAAUUAUUUGGGUGGCAGAGGCUUCCCAUGUGGUGUACCAAGAGCUCAAGUCUGUUUCUCCCUCCAUUGUUGGCAGUCAAUAUAGGACUGGGUAUCACUUCCAACCCCCCAAGAAUUGGAUUAAUGAUCCAAAUGGGCCAAUGUACCACAAUGGCAUAUACCAUCUCUUCUACCAGUACAACACCAAUGGUUCAGUGUGGGGCAAUAUUGUGUGGGCUCACUCUGUUUCCUCCGACCUGAUCAAUUGGAUACCAUUGGAGCCGGCCAUCUACCCUUCAAAGAAAUUUGACAUCAAUGGCACCUGGUCCGGCUCGGCGACACUCCUCCCAGGAAACAAACCUGUCAUCUUCUACACUGGCAUUGAUCCUCAAGGCCGUCAGGUCCAAAACCUCGCCUUCCCAAAGGACCUUGCUGAUCCGUAUCUUCGAGAAUGGACCAAACCAGAUUACAACCCUGUCAUCCAACCAGAUGCCUCCAUUGAACCUAGCAAGUUUCGUGACCCGACAACGGCUUGGUUUGGCCUUGACGGGCACUGGAGGGUCGUCAUUGGCAGCAGGCGCAAGAUGAGAGGAAUGGCAGUGUUGUACAGGAGCAGAGACUUUGUGAAAUGGGUGAAGGCCCAGCACCCAUUGCACUCCUCCAAGGAUACCGGAAUGUGGGAAUGCCCGGAUUUUUUCCCAGUGUCCUUGAAGGGUAAGAAAGGCCUUGACACAUCUGUGAGUGGACCUGGAGUGAAGCAUGUGCUCAAAGUGAGCUUGGACAUGACAAGGUACGAGUAUUAUACAGUGGGGACAUAUUAUCAUAUGAUCGAUAGGUACAUUCCUGAUAACAGCUCGGCUGAUGAUCAUACUGGAUUGAGGUACGAUUAUGGGAACUUUUAUGCGUCCAAGACAUUCUUUGAUGAGGCAAAGCAGAGGAGGAUUUUGUGGGGAUGGUCAAAUGAAUCCGACACUGUCAAGGAUGAUAUAAAGAAGGGUUGGGCUGGCAUUCAAACCAUUCCAAGGGCUCUUUGGCUGGAUCCUAGUGGUAAGCAACUUGUCCAAUGGCCAGUGGAGGAACUAGAAACCUUGAGAGGAAAACAAGUUAAUUUAUAUGACAAAGAACUCAAGUCUGGUGACAUAUAUGAAGUUAAAGGAAUAUCAUCCGCACAGGCUAGUCUCUACCUCAUUUUUGAGAUUUCUGGGCUGGAUAAAGCAGAGCCCUUUGAAGAAUUCUGGUCUGAUCCACAAGUUCUUUGUGGUCAAAAGGGUGCGGCCGUGGAAGGUGGAGUUGGUCCAUUUGGGCUGCUGGUUCUGGCCUCUGGGGACAGGGAAGAGCAAACUGCUGUUCUUUUCAGAGUAUUCAAAGCUCCCAACAAGCAUGUGGUCCUUAUGUGUCAUGACCCUAGCAAAUCUUCUUUGAGACCAGGCAUGUACAAGCCAAGCUUUGCAGGAUUUGUGGAUGUGGAUAUCAACAAGACCAAGAAAAUAUCUCUCAGAUCUUUGAUUGAUCACUCUGUGUUAGAGAGUUUUGGGGCUGAAGGAAAAACAUGCAUCACAUCAAGGGUUUAUCCAAGUAAAGCAAUAGGACAAGAUGCACAUCUGUUUGUGUUUAAUAAUGGGUCGGAAGAUGUGCGAAUUACACAGUUGAGUGCAUGGGAAAUGACUAGCCCACGUAUGAAUUGAUAUUAGGAAUAUUACAUGAUUAUUUAGAUUUGUGUUAUUUUUCCUCACAAUAAACCACGUCAAGGAUGCAUUUCAUGUUCUAUUAAUCUAUUACUUUUCUUUUUUUU